CGUAUACUGGGCGGUCGUGCGCUCCCCUAAUCUGACAGAUGAACACCAUCAUGGAUUUGCCGCCACACAAGCAAAAGCACCUUUGGCGUCUGCGGUGAGGGAUUGAAACCGGGAUUUAAAAGAGAAGAGACAAGAAGGGGAGGAAUCCGAGGAAGGAGGAAGUAAGAAGAGGAAGCUGCUAAGAAGGCCCUGUUGCCAUUUUGGGGAUAUGGGUUAGUAAAGGGGGAAAGAAAAAAGAAAAAAACAGAAAAAAAAAGGCAACAAAAAAUCUGAGCCAUCCAGGAAAGUGGAAAAUUUGGUCUCUUCUGAGAAACUUGCAGCUUCUGGACAUUGAAUUUGGUGGACAGUUACCAUUUGUUCCCUGGGAUUGUACCUGCUCUUGCUCUCCUCAUCCCCUCCCACACUCCCCUUCCCUCUGAUAAAACUCCAGGGCAUUGCAGUAUUGCUAUGGAGCCCAGGGAGACUUUGGGCAGCUCCUGGCAAAGGGGAGGUGUAGCAGACUUUCUGCCAACUGCUGUGGUCUCUGUGAAGCCUCCACUUACCGCCAGCUGUGUAGAGGAGAUGAUGCUGCCUGCGGCGGGCUCGGGGAAAGGGAUUCUGGUAAGCAGUGAGAGGCUGGAGCCCAAGGAAGAGGAUGGUUCUGGGAGAGAUAUGGAUUCCAGUUCCAAUGCAGACAGUGAGAAAUGGGUGGCGGGAGAUGGCCUAGAGGAGCAGGAAUUUUCCAUCAAGGAAGCUAACUUCACGGAGGGGAGUUUAAAACUAAAGAUCCAGACCACUAAGAGAGCUAAGAAGCCCCCAAAGAACUUGGAGAACUAUAUUUGCCCUCCUGAGAUCAAAAUCACCAUCAAGCAAUCUGGGAAAAAUAGCAAAACAGCUAAAGAGGAGGACAGAUCCCACUCAAGAAAGAAGGGAAAAGUCAUUGGAGAUGCAAAACUGCUUAGGAGUUGGGGUUGCAGAAAAGGGAAAAAUGCUCAAGUGAAAAACUUGGAUCAGGUCAGUCAAUUCUACCUUAACUGGUAGAAAUAUAAGAAUGUAUUAACAUCUGUUUGAUUUGAACUGUGCUGUUGCAUAUCAGCGUUACUGGACACAAACAAAGUUCUUGGUAUGACUGACAAUGACAUUAAUGUUUUUGUAUUUGUUAUUUGUCGAGAAACCCUCAAGCAAGAUCAAGGAUUCAUUGCACUAGGAGUUGUUAAUGCCCUAGCCCGACUUAUUCCCAUCUGGUUUAUUUAUUCGUUGAUUCUGUUUCUUUAUAAAAAUCCACUCUAGGCAAUGCCUUUCUUAAAGAAUAUUGCACUUCCUUGCUGGCUAAAUGCAUGCAACCUUUGGUCUCAUACCGUAGCUGCCUGGAUGUGUGAUAGUUACAGAGAAACAUGCCAUUUGUUGCAUACUUUUGUUCUGAAGUGACACCAUCACAAGAACACUCUUUAUUGAGGUUCCUCAUGAUAUAUAUGUGCAAGAAGUUUUUCAUAAACUGAUGGCAAGGUUUCAAUAUUCAUUACUUGGAAUGAAUGGCCCCUUAUUCUAAAAUUGGUCAAAUUGACAUCGGUAAUACCAGUUCUAGGGUUCAGUAACUUUAAGCAAGGUGGGCUGCACUCUGAAUGACAGCCAGCUGGUGGCCACUUACUACCUCCUACUAUUUUGCACUUAUUCAUAGAAUAAUAUGAUAUGAUAUAUAAUAAUAUGAUAAUAUAAUAUUCAGACCAGUCAAGUUUGUCCCUGUCAAAAUUUUCAGUUAUGGCCUUCUGGCUUUGAGGCUAAAGAGAAGUUUGAAUCCAGAGAUCAUUCUUUCCAAGGAUGAAACAAAAUUUGAUUUGAGCAGAAACAUUUUAUAAAUAUUGGGUCAUCCAGUGUUAAAUGUAGUAGAGUGAAGCAGUUGAUCUCAUAUCAAAUAACUUUGCUUUCUCAUGUACCUUGUGACCAAGUACAGACCUGAAGCAGAUUCAGUGUCCAUAAAGCUCCAGGAACUCCCAAUAAUUUACUGAUGGGAAAAAAGAUUAAUUUUCAGGAGGAAAUAUGUUUUUCAUUUUCAACAUGCAUGUUCAUCAACCCUAAUUAAUAAUGGUGUCUCUGAGCCUCAUUUUGUUAAUGUCUGUUAAUAUCUAUCUAUCCUGCAGCGGGCUCUGUUGUGAGGAAUAUUGGUCACACUUAUAAAUGCUUUGUAGUAUUGAGUCUUUCAUUGAUUUUUUUUCUUUAAUUAGUAUUUUCAAAAUGACAAAUUUAUUGUCAUGAGCUAUACUAUCAGUUCACAAUCAAGACAAGGAUUCAUAUAACUUUUCUUUAAAGAAUAGCUACCCAUUUUCUCAAACACAAGCUUAAUUUUCUCAUGUUGACGUUCUAACACAUCAGGAGAAAUUUGAUUUAGAAAUGAACGCUUUUACCAAAUUUGUUUUUUUUUUUGUUAUUUUGAUGUACUCUGGUUGAAUCACUCUUGAUUUACAACAGGACUAGAGCAGUGUCAAACUGCUUGUGGUAGAGAUUAAUAAUUAAAUGGGAAUAUCUUGAUUGCAGAGAGGUUUUACAAAAGCUAUCUCUAACAAACUCUGAGUGUUGUACCUAAAAAUCAUUUAUCUCAAUACUUUAAUUAUAGAGUAGGCAAUAGUUUUUGGAGGGAAAAAAAAAUCCCAUUCUCUUUUAAGUUUCUGGCACAGUGAUAAAUUAUUCUUUGUGUUUGGUUACUUUCUGAAAUCUAAUUUUUAAUGUCUAGUGAUGUGUUGACCAUCUCAGUAACUCUUUUUUGCUGUAUCAGCAUAAACUGUUGGGCAAGUGGAAAACUAAUUUGUCAUGCCCCUGACAGGGUCUUGUCUGUAAUUCAGGGGACAGGAGGUGGAUGGGGAGGAAACUAGUACAGGAGGGUGGGUGGCAGUGUGGAAUGUCUGUGAAUGCAGGACCUCAUCUCAGUUUAUGAAUUAUCCCCUGGGCCCUAUAGAUAAACACAGACAUCAGCUAGGAAAGGUAAACACUUGCCAAUGAUUGUAGGCUAAUCCUUCAGGACACUAACUACCAGAAAAGCAAGGAAGCAUUAUUUUAGGAACAGCUUGUUUCACUUUGUGAAGGGGAAAAACACUGCAUUAGAUUUAGUUUUGUUUGCAGAGCUUUACCCCCUCCUCCUGCAUCCUGUCUCAGAUUUUAAAGAUUUGCUUUCAUUAUUGUUGUUGGGGGUUUUUCUUUCUUUUUUAUCGGUCUUGGUUUGUGUUUUCCUGUGAUGCCUCUGUAAAGUUGUGUGAAAAUGCAACUUAGUUUUCAUUUUCAUGAAUGAAUGCAUAAAUAGGUAUGUGGCUUUUAAACCAUUAACUAUUUAAAGUUUUGGGUCUAACCAGAUAUUUUUUGGCCUUUUUUUUUGGUGUGUGUGAAAGGUGAUGCUUUUAUUAUACUGUUGCUUAUUAUUUGAGGUGCGUUGUUGCAUAAGAAUGGCAAUCCUGGAUUAAGAGUUCCUUGUGCUAAGUAGUAUAUUAACAUAAAGCAGGAAAGAUGGU